AUGGAGGAAUCUGGCUGCCAGCUGGAAGCGCUCGCCAGUCUGGCGCGCGCAAGCGCGUCACUCACUAAGAACUUUAUUUACACGGCGCCGACUGGCGGCGGCAAGACACUGGUCGCGGAUUUGUUGGCGUGGCACCACUGUUUAGCUGGCUGUAAAGUGUUCUUGCGGUCGGUGCAGAUAGUAGCGAUGUCCGCUACGUUUGCGUGCAUUGAGAGAUUGGCGCAGUGGCUAGACGCCGAGUUCUUUUGGCUGCGUUCCGGAGUCGCGGUGCAUCACAGCGGGAUUUCGAUGGCUGAGCGCAUGCUCGUCGAGGCGGAGUUUAUGAAGGGAAACAUUCGCUGCUUGUUUUGCACGAGCACGCUCGCGGCGGGCGUGAACUUGCCCGCACACCGGAUUAGCAGGCCGUAA